UGGCUACUACAUCCCAAAACACAGAAACCCUAGCGGUAAAUUUCCAAUCUGGCUGUUUCCGACUGCUUCUGUGGGUUGACGUCACUGGUUGAAGGAUUCGAAGGGGAGUGGUUUUUGGAGGAAAUCAAGAUGGCGGAGGCAGCGGCUGUGUCACAUCAUCGGUUCUUUUGCCAUUGCUGUAAAGGAGAGGUCAACCCUAAACUCCCGGAGUAUAUAUGUCCUAGAUGCGAGUCUGGAUUCAUUGAAGAAGUGACAGAUGACUCCAGGUACUCCUCCUCCGGUGGCUCGCCCGUCGAGCCGAGAUCGCCCGCCCAGUUGCAGGAGCUUUGGGAUCAUUUGGACCACACAAUGUUUUUUCCUGAUUUUCGGCCCUUCCUCAGUAGUAGUUCAUCACUUGAUCACGAUAUCAGAGAGAAUGAGAGGGGGCAGCAGUCACAAACUGACCUCUGGAGCCCUGGACGUCCACCAAGGUUACCUAUGACCAGACGGUAUCGCUCUCGAGCAUCAACUCGGCCUGAGCGAUCUCCUGCUAUUGAAGGAAUCAUACAGCAGCUGUUUGCAGGGCUGUUUGCAAGCUCUGGACUUCCUGGGUCACAUCCGUUUUCAUGGAGCGGGAUGUUGCACUCAAACCCUGGAGAUUAUGCUUGGGGGCAAAGCGGCCUAGAUGCAGUCAUUACACAGCUUCUUGGGCAGCUAGAAAACACUGGGCCCCCUCCAGCAGACAAGGAAAAGAUUACAUCACUCCCGACGGUGUGUGUAUCUCGUGAACAAGUUGAUACUGGCUUGGAAUGCCCAGUUUGUAAAGAAGACUACAGGGAAGGUGAACAGGUUCGACAGUUGCCCUGCAAUCACUUCUUUCACAGUGAAUGCAUUGUACCGUGGUUAGAACUGCAUGACACUUGUCCAGUGUGUCGAAAAAGUCUAAAUGGAGAAGAUUCCACAACGCAAACACACAGUUCAGAUGCAUCUGCCAGUAGUGGUGGUGGUGGCAGUGAACACCAGCAACAGAAUCGAUGGACAUUCUAAGGAACAGGAAUAACUACGUUCUGUGAAUGUUAGAAGUAAUAUACUGAUCAGCUGUAAAUUAUGUAAAUAGUGGUAGUCUGAAAGUAAAAGGUGAUAACCUGGUGACUAGGAGUGCUUUUCCCUACCCCCUUUUCUAAUAAAACUCAGAACAUUAUUGCACAGUAAUAAAUAUAUUUCCUUCAAAACUUUGAUCCUAGGCUUCAAGAGAAGAUGGAGUUUGUCUUGAAUUUUGUACUUUUCAGUGUGAUAAUAUUCAUUUGUCAAAGAAAAUUAAAAUACUUGUUUUAGAGAUGCUGUCAGUCCUUACAAGUUACAUUUGUCUUGUUUAGAAAUGGCUAAUAUAUUUAAGUCCACCACCUCUGCAAUACAAUCUUUUUAAACAGUA